AUGACAAGAAUGUCCGAUCUACCAGUAGCUUUGGUGGAGGAGAUAUUGUUCAAGGUUCCAUUAUCAUGUCUGAGUGCAGUGCGAUGUACAUGUAAAACAUGGAACGUAUUAUCAAAAAAUCAGAUUGUUGGCAAAACAAGGGAUCAGUUUCUAGGGUUCAUGGUGAUAGGCUCUCGGCUUUGUUCAAUGAAAUUCCAAAACGACGGGGACUCGGCUGAUUUGAAAGUAAGAUCACUUAACGAAGCCGAUGUAUUUCAAGUCUUUCACUGCGACGGCUUGUUGCUAUGCCUCAUCAAGGACACCAAGUGGCGCGUGGUGUGGAACCCGUAUUUAGGGGAAACCAGGUGGAUCCAACCCAUACACAAAUACCACAGAUUCCAUAGAUCAGACAAGUAUGCUCUCGGAUACGGCAAAAACAGCAACAACAGUCACCUCCUGCCCUUUUACGAAAUCUACGAAUUUGACUCUGAUUCAUGGAGAGUUCUUGAUCUCAGUCCCGACUGUUAUGAAAUACUACGCAGCGUGUCUCUCAAGGGAAAUACAUACUUUCUUGCUGGUGAAGAAACAUUUAAAGGUUUUUUACUCUGUUUCGAUUUUACAGCAGAGAGAUUUGGACCGCGCCUUCCUCUGCCGGCCUCUCACCCGUAUUUUAUGUCUUUACACGCUAUGUCUCUGUCUUGUGUCAGAGAUGAGCACCUCGCUGUUUUGUAUCAACGCCGCAAUUCAAUGAUGGAGAUUUGGAUUACAACUGACAUCAAGCCCAAUGCGGUAUCCUGGAGCAAGUUUUUGAAUGUGGAGCCCAAUGUUACUUCUCCUGACAGAUUUCCUGACAUGUUUCAUGCUAGGAGCUUCUUCAUCGACGACGAGGAGAAGAAAGUCGCAGUGGUUUUCGAUUCCUGCGGAUCUCAAAGGACUAGUACAAGUUACUACCAAACAGCUUACAUCAUUGGACAAGGUGGAUAUCUCAAAUCUGUGAAAUUUAGAGGAGUUUACGAAUCUGGAUAUUAUAACCCUCUUUUGAUCUAUUCUUACGUUCCCAGUUUAGUGAAACUUCAAGUCAACCGACGGGGCAAAAGGAAAGAAAGAGAUUUUAUUGAUUAA